AUGGACAGGGAGGCUAACCUUCCGGUCCCACCGGAUAAACCUCCGAAGAGCCUGGUCCGCCCCAUCUUCAACCACGAAUCGUCGUCUUCUUCCUCCUCCCCUGAACUUCUACGGAAUCUGCAAGCCGCUUUCAAGCGCCACCGUCCAAUCAAAAUGCAGACGACCACUAUAGGGCCUCGGCGAAAUGUUGCUCCACAGCGACAAGCUAUAAGAAGUUCACGUUUGGUAUCAGACUCUACAGUUGAAGGGCAUAGGUCUCAGGAUGUUGUUUCGCUGAGUCAGAGCCUCGCUGCCAAUACCUUGACACAGGAUUCAAGAAGCUUAGCCACUUCUUCCGUUGCUGGAGAAUCUAUGGAGAAUGCGUCCAUUACGCCACCUUCAGUCUCUGCCACUACUAAUAUUAUGUUUGGAGAGAGUUUCAACCCAUCAGAGAGGCAGAUUGAUUUGCCAAAACAUGCUUCUUUUGCUAGUUUAGAAAGCAAUCUUGAUGUUCACAGAAAGGUCCAACCUCUCAUUGGCAGCACCCUCACAACUCAUGAUAUGGAAUGGGAUGCAACAAAUCAGGCUGAAGCAUCGAAUCUUGGUGCUCGUACUGGAUCAAAACAUCAGAAUCCUCAGACUGUUGAUUCUGAGAUCAGUUUGAAAUCUGAAUACAGGGUUUCAUCUUCAUUGGCAAAGAUGGGAGAAUUUCGCAACUUCUUGAACCAACCUGCAUCUCAAUGUUCUGCAUCAUGUGCCACAACUACGCUUAUCCAUUCGUCUUCAGCUCCUAUGUUAAACGCUACUACCCAAGUCUCUCGUUCUUAUGUAGAGUGUGAUCCGAAUGCAAACCCCCAUGCUGUUCAAAGCCAAGGGAGCUUGCCUUCGUUUCAUCGUUCUUCCAAUGACAGCAACAUUCUGCAUGCCAACAAGGAUGCACCUUUAUCUGAGAGGCCAGCCUCAGCUAUUGAUCCAGAAGCAAGAGUGAAAGAGACAGAUAAGUCAAAGCAUCAACAACAAUGCACUACAGAUGUUGAAGCUCCAGUGGUAUCUUCCACUGACGGACAAGCUACUACUCGUUUACCUGAUGAGUUGAAUACCAGUGUUAGCUCACAGCCGCCAAAACCAGAUAAGCAGGAAAAAGUUGCAAGUAGCAAAGGAACAUCAGCGCCUCGUAAAAGAAAUUAUGAUCCAGACUUGUUCUUUAAGGUCAAUGGGAAGCUCUAUCAGAGGCUUGGAAAGAUAGGAAGUGGAGGAAGCAGUGAGGUCCACAAGGUUAUAUCUUCAGAUUGUACCAUAUAUGCGCUCAAAAAAAUCAAGCUCAAGGGUCGUGACUAUGCUACUGCAUAUGGAUUUUGCCAAGAAAUCGGAUAUCUAAAGAAGCUGAAAGGGAAAACCAACAUCAUUCAGCUAGUAGACUAUGAGGUCACGGAUAAGAGUUUACUCCAGGAGGUUUUGAAUGGCACAAUGAGUAACAAAGAUGGAAGAGUCAAGGACGAUGGAUUUAUAUAUAUGGUGCUCGAGUAUGGAGAAAUAGAUCUGGCUCACAUGUUGUCCCAGAAAUGGAAGGAAAUUGAAGGAUCAGACCGGACGAUCGAUGAAAAUUGGCUUCGGUUCUACUGGCAGCAAAUACUUCAGGCUGUGAACACCAUACAUGAGGAACGCAUUGUGCACUCUGAUUUGAAGCCAGCAAAUUUCCUUCUUGUCAGAGGCUUUUUAAAGCUUAUUGAUUUUGGUAUUGCUAAGGCCAUCAAUAGCGACACUACGAAUAUUCAACGAGAUUCACAGGUGGGGACGUUGAGUUACAUGUCACCGGAAGCAUUCAUGUGCAACGAAAGCGAUGAAAACGGAAACACUAUAAAAUGUGGAAGGCCAUCAGAUAUUUGGUCACUUGGUUGCAUUCUAUACCAAAUGGUGUACGGAAGAACACCGUUCGCAGAUUACAAGACCUUCUGGGCAAAGUUCAAAGUCAUAACCGAUCCAAACCAUGAGAUUACUUACAAUCAGCUCUCUAACCCGUGGCUUGUUGACCUGAUGAAGAAAUGUCUGGCUUGGGACCGUAACCAACGAUGGAGAAUCCCUGAGCUUCUCCAACACCCUUUCCUUGCACCGCCCAUCCCACCGGAGCCUCAAGUCAAAAGCGUUCAACUGCUAAGUCACAUUGCUGAUUCUUUUUGUGGUGAUGACGAUAAAGCCAGUUCCAUGAUCUCUCAGCUUGAACAAAUGCUUACGGAUCCUUCUCCUCUUCCAAGAAAUGAUUUGUUAGAACUCUGUGUUCAGCUCCAUGAUCGGUUAAGGAGGCAAAAAGUAAGCAGUUCUCUGAUCUGA